GAAACCUGCAGUUCACAGACGCAUGAACUAUUUCCUCCUUGAGGUAAACAAUUCCCUAAUAUCAGAGCGAGAGAAGUACACGGUAGUCUCCCUAUGUUCUAAAGAUACCAGAGAUGAAAAAACAAGACACGGACGAGUCAGCCACCUUGGGUGGUGAAUAUGCUCCACCUAAUGUUACAGCAGGAGGGAUGGAGUCACCUGCAGCUGUAAAAGACAGCUUGGACAGCAACAGCCCCAAGGUGUCUGAACCACAGACACCACAGACAGACACACCGCUACAGACAGACACGUCUCCACAGACAGACACAUCUCCACAGACAGACACGUCUCCACAGACAGACACGUCUCCACAAGGCGAGGAGGCGGGAAGUGAAGUUGCAGAGGCAGCACUUUCUCGUGACAUGGCUGAGGAGCUGAGCCGGCAACUGGAGGACAUCCUCAGCAUCUACUGUCGGGAAACCAUUUCAGACAACGCCAGCACCGUGCCCAAUGGCCAGUCGCAUAGCCCAGAGCUCAAUGGCCUGACCAAUGAGAGGGAGCACGGCAAGCCAGAGGGCAAAGUCAAUGGAGCUGGCAACGGAGUGGAGAAAGAGCAGAAGAAGACUCAGGAUAAGAAGAAAGUGAAGGGUCUGGGCAAAGAGAUCACUCUUCUAAUGCAGACUCUGAACACACUGAGCACCCCGGAGGAAAAGCUUACAGGCCUCUGUAGGAAGUAUGCUGAACUGCUGGAAGAGCACCGUAACACCCAGAAGCAGAUGCGAGUGUUGCAGAAGAAGCAGAACCAGGUGGUCCAGGAGAAAGACAACCUUAGGAAUGAACACAGCAAGGCCAUCCUGGCUCGCAGCAAGCUGGAGAGUCUCUGCAGGGAGCUACAGAGACACAACCGCACACUCAAGGAGGAGGGGAUUCAAAGAACGCGUCUGGAGGAAGACAAAAGGAAGGAAGUGACCUCCCAUUUCCAGGUGACCCUGAACGACAUCCAGGCUCAGAUGGAGCAGCACAACGAGAGGAACGCCAGUCUCCGACAAGAGAACACCGAGCUGGCUGAAAAACUGAAGAAGCUCUAUGAACAGUACAAACUACGAGAAGAGCACAUAGACAAAGUGGUGAAGCACAAAGACCUGCAGCAACAGCUGGUGGACGCCAAGCUGCAACAGGCUCAGGAGCUGCUGAAGGAGUCGGAGGAACGCCACGACCGAGAGAAACACUUUCUGCUGAAAGAAGCAGUGGAGUCUCAAAGGAUGUGUGAGCUGAUGAAGCAGCAGGAAGUUCACCUCAAACAGCAGCUGUCACUGUACACAGAGAAGUUUGAGGAGUUCCAGACCACUUUGUCCAAGAGCAAUGAGGUCUUCACCACCUUCAAACAGGAGAUGGAGAAGAUGACUAAAAAGAUCAAGAAGCUGGAGAAGGAGACGGCCAUGUAUCGGUCCAGGUGGGAGAGCAGCAACAAGGCUCUUCUGGAGAUGGCGGAAGAGAAAUCAAUGCGGGACCGCGAGUUUGAGGCACUUCAGGGUAAAGUCCAGCGGCUCGAGAAGCUGCGGCGGGCGCUAAAAGUGGAACGCAACGAGCUCAACAAGAAGGUUCAGAACCUCAGCGGCCGGGACGGUGUCACGGCAGGGGCCCCGGCCUCCGACCAAGUGACCGACUCCCCCUCUCCUCCACCUACAGACUCUUUACUGGAGCCCAGCAGCCACCUGGUCCCAGACACCACCCCCUGCUCCCAGUCCUGCCACUGUGACCCACAACUGGACACAGACACCCUACUAGAAGAGGCAAAGGCUCUGCCCGUCGCGGCACAGGAAUGAAGCAACGCGGCUCACAGUCUCCUCUUUCCCCUCCAGCCCCCCAACGAUAAGCCACCAGCCUGCUAGCCACAACACCUCUGCCGGAUCAAGCUGAUUUAGAUAGCAAGGUCAACUUGUGUCCUCCCAGCAUGCUCUGCAGGCUUUAUAAAGGUAGUGAGAAGACUGUGCCUCAUCUGUCAGUUCAUUUACAUGCACGCCAUAACCCAGUUACGUUUAAUAACUACAUUAAGGUAAUAGUUUGAUUAAAGCAUUUACAUGCUUUACAAUAACCUAAUUUCUCCCCAGUAAUCUGAUGUUCAUGAUUCAUUUAUUGGUCAGGUUAAUUUCCACAGGCAGGCUACAGGAAACAUGUUAUUAGCAACACAGAGUUUCAAGUUAAUACAUCCUUUCAUUUAUUAGUGUAAAAUUACCCCACUUCUGGUGACACUCCAAAAACGUUUUGCGCAUGCUGCUAUUUGUAUAGAAACAUGGCUUUCAGUCCAAAACCUGCCCUGAAUCAAAACAUUGGAAGAAAUCCGAUUCGAGGGAUAGUGUCAGAAUAAUUCAACUUAAACCUUAACUUGACUAAGACAACCCUGUUUAUACCGGGGCUGCAACAGUCUGUACUAAUCAAAGUAUUAGUGUGCAUGUAAAUGCACAGACUUGCUCUGUGUGCUGCUUUACUACACAUUCCCCUUUUUUGAAUGGCAUCAAAAACACAGAACUGCUUGGCAAGAGAAGAAACAGUGCUGCUUGGGAGGACACGAGCCAAGCAGGUAUAUGACGAGAGAGAUAUUGUGUGUGUGCGUUUGUGUGUCAAUGUGGUUGGAAGCUGUCUGAGUUAUUGCUUGCUGUGUUCUAAAGGCCACUUAAAGUAAUUUAAUGUUUUUCUUUCAAAUGAAGUCUUAACAGGGUUGUGUAUAGCAGGUCAUUUCUUUAGCAAAUCCAAUUAUUAACCUAAAAAUAAGAGAGAAUUCUACAUAAUUAUUUAAGGAACAUUCUCAUUUCUUUUUUCCUUGUUUGCAUCACACCGCUUCAUUUGCAUAGCGUUUGAUUAUUUUUUUUUGGUCUGUAUUUAUUUAAAGCAUAAUCUCUGAUAUUGAAAUAUAUGUAUCUUACGGAACACCACUAUACAAUAAAUCUGUUUAUUUUUUACUAAUUUAGAAAAUGUAUAACAGUUUUACUUGUAUGACCAACUUUUCAUUCCUAACCUUUCUGAGUUCAGUUGUUAGCUACAUUAUUUUGAUACGUUUUUUUCAGUCUGCUUAUAACCUUGUAAUGAUGACCACUUGAAACUUUUUUUGUGCAUUGGUAUGUGUAAGGAGCCAGGUAUAGUCUGUUUUUGGUGAACACCUUUUUUUUUAAUUAUUAUUAUUUCUUCAAAAUAUGAUUCCAUUCUGUUCGAUAGCCGGGAAGAGUCUGCCUCGAGAGCAUGCUCAGACCUCGCGCAUCCUACUUCAAUCUCGACCCAUUUGAGGUGCUGGAAAUUGAUGCAGCGGAUGCCGAAUUGAAGAACAUAUUUUCGGGCGUUGUCCAUUUUGUUCCAUCCAGAAUCAUCCAAAAAUCGGAGUGAUCCAGACGGAGUACAGAAAGCCUUUUUUAAAGCCGUGGACAAGCCAUACAAACUCCUACUGGAACCAGAACAGAGGAAGAGAGCCUUAGAUGUGAUCCAUGCAGGACUGGAACAUGUGGAGCACAUUGUAAAGGAGUAAAGGAAACUGUUGAAGAAGGACAGAAAGCCGUUGGAUGUGGAGGACGACCCUGAAGUGUUCAAACAGACAAUGAAGCCAUUUGCAGAGCUUGAAAUCAAGAUGACGGAAAAGGGCAAAAAAAGCUGUUCAACAAUAACAGACUAUACCUGGCUCCUUGUGUGUGUGUGUGUGUGUGUGUGUGCGUGGCUAUGAUUGUCUCCUCCCAGCCCUGGUAAUAGCAGUAGCUUGUAAUCAGGUUUUAACAAGAGAAUGUUCAAGGACCUCUAUGCAACGCUUGCCUCUUGGUUUUAUUCUGUGGCAGUCUCAACUGACAAGCGCUUAGCUGAGAAUGUAUAUCAUUAUCUCCACUGUCCUGCAUGGAUGUAUUGUAAAAACCAGACGACAUAUCUCACAGCAGAACUUUAUUUUGCUUAGGUUUGAACCUCGUUAAUUGCCUUUCAAUUGUUGUUUGACAGUGAACUUAAUAUUGUGCAUCUCCCUGAUGCAUUCACAAGGUGCAGUGACUGAGACCGGUGGGGAAAAAGGAGAGAAUAUGUCAUUGGACUUCGGAGUUGUAGUUUGACUCUCAAGCAUAUCCAUUUCUCUUCAAAAGUUCUUAUGUACUACUUGAUAUGUAGCAUCGCUUACAAGGUGUCAACUUAUAGAAUAGUCCUUUUCAACUUGAAUAGAAAUGGCAAACCUAAUUUCUUCCAUUGUCCCACAGGACCGAUUCAUUGUACGUCUGGUCAUGUGGUGGAUGUGGAGGUUCAUUAACCAUGAUUAAGGAACCAAAGAUGUUUCCUUUUUUUUUGUCUUUUGCAGUACUUUUUUCUGGCCCUUGUAUAAUUUGUUUCUUGUUAAAUAAAAUAUGUAACAGUGUA